CGGCAACCGUCCAGCUCCGAGGCCACGGAACGCGACCGAUACGAGCCAGACCGGUCCCGUCAGGAUGGGACGGAGUCCACCUUGUCGACUAACGCACCUUCCACCGUCUGGGACGAGCUAGAGGAUCUAAAAUCGCGGAUCAAGAAGCUAGAAUUAACUGGAAAGCUUCCGCCCUCAUCCCAGGAGGCGAUCUCGUCUGCAUCCGGAGACCGACCACGAACAGCGACCACGACGGUUACUACGGUGUCAUCCUCGCCGAAGCGCGGCCGCAAAUCAAGUAUAGCAACAGGCGACCUCGACCAGAAUGCGGCCCCGAGUCCAGUCCAUCCCCUCUUACAAUCGGCUUUGACCAAGUCAAAGGAAGUGUUGGGUAACGAAGUCUACGCAGCUCUGGAAGUCACUGUUACCGAUGCGCUGGCGCUGUCUACCCUACUGUCAUCCAGCAAGGCUCCAUCGGGCGGUGUUUCUAUUGUCAAUGGUUAUCUUCCGUCAGACAGACACGCUAGGCGCAAGGCUGACAGUGUAUGCCGCAGCUUAACUGAGCUGUGUCUCGCACUGUCUGAUGAUCAGCUUCGCCGGCAGCCGUCUUCAGCCCUGGAGGGAAAAGCGGAUGACCAGCAAACUAAUGGCCACAAUGACGACGACACGAUUACACCAACCCCUCCAUAUCGCCGAAGCACCAUCCAGGAACCAGAGAGCCUGUCCAGACGGCAGAGCAACAGCAGAGUCACCAGCCGUUUAGAGGCACGUCGGGCCAGUAUGGCGAACAACGCGGCUCCGGACAACCAAAGCAACAACAAGGGCACCGAUCUGAGUUCAGAGGCCAAAUUGACACAGUCGCCUGGUUCGUCGGCGCCUGUGAGACGGUUGAGUCGACUCUCAACUUCGUUGCGGACCAAGAGGGUGCACACGGACGACGAUAAUGCCCCGGAUCAGAGUCCACAAGCUCGAUCAAUUCAAAGAAGCAUGACGGAUAUCACCAACCCAGCAGCAACAUAUCGAGUCUCGCCCCGGCAACGGAUCUCGCAUGGAUAUACGGCGUCACAAUCCAUACCCGACUCUAGCCCUGAGCGGAACGUUAGAUAUUCAACCCCAUCCCAACCAUCGCAGCUCCCUCAACCUCGUACCCCGACACUAUCGCAGUCAGCAAUCCCUCUCCGUCGGAGCAUAUUAACGCCCAGCUAUGUCCCCGCAACAUCCCGCUCAAACAUUCAAGCGGGUUCGCGUCGAUAUGGGCUGUCUCCUGGUAUUGGCUCUGCCGCUCUCGGUGGUGAGAUGCCAGCCGAGGACGCUAUGUCCACUACCCCUCGCCAGGAGCCUUCGCAGACAAGGAUUAUUGCCCCAUCACAAAAACUGGCUGCUAGCUACACACCGAUUGCGCAGAAUCGCUUGCGCGCGAACAGCCUUGGAGCGCGACGAUUUGGUCUUCGGCAGCGGCCGAUGGCCGUUUCUGAUGAGGCCGUCAAUGGUCUCGAUCAGCGCGUUGACUGA